UGCAGACAUAGGGACAGGCAAGCUCACUUGGGAUGGGUAAGCUGGUGAGGUAGGCUGACUACCGGCAGACCGUGAUGACGGGCAUCCGGACGAAGGGACGCUCUUUCGUAAGAGAAACUUCAAGAAUAUGGGGCCUCUCACGCGCUGCCCUGAUCAACUCGGCUGCGCUCAAGAUCGCCGGCUUAGGCGCCAUGGCUGCCAAGGCCAAGGUCACCUCUGCUGCUGCCAAGGCCGCGGCGGAAGCUGGAGUCAACGCAAUUGUCUACCAGGCAAAGUCGAAGCUCGCAGCUUCGCCCACCGUAGCGCACGUGGCUCCUGUCGCACGAGUCGUCGCAGCACCAACCGUGCCCGCGGUCCCUCAAGUGACAGUCAAGAUAAUCAAGACGCCGCCAGUCAUCACUGCCCGCCCCGUUCCGGUUGACCCAUGGAAGUUCGCCGCCGCCCUGCCGACUGGGUGGGACCACUCCAUGACCUACGGACACCCGUACUUUGGAUACGGCUUCACCAGGAGCGCCAUUGAACUGCGCAAGCGCAGGGAGGCACCUUUGACAAUGGCCGCUUUGGAUCCGGCUCUUGGAAUCAACCCGCAGAUGUUGAAAAACAUCUUCGAGUACGUGACCAUCUACGACGCCGAGCAUUGCGUCCUGCGAGUGGUCUGCGAGGUGGCUGCCCAACCUAGCCUGGCCGGGCCCCAGGGCACGAAUGUCACCGAGUUCAUGACGUCACUGUCGGAGGACGACUCUGGCGCCCCCUGGAACCCGUACCGCGACGCCGCUCUCACCGGACAGAUAUCCGCAAAGAGUGCCAGGAGCGCUACCUGACGUGCUCCCAGUCCACCGAAGCACUCGUCGAAUUGGCACGAACUCGGACCGCCCAGGCUUCCGAAUCCAUGACCGGGGCCGCAACGAGGGUGUAAACAUUCGUCAAGCCGCCUUCACGGGCGCUAAGCGUCCGCUGCCACCAGCCGUACAUCACCUGCUCCAUCCAUGUUCUUACCAAGUGCAUGCAACGAAUCUCUGUACAUAGCUAGUAGUAUCAUAUCUACUGAAUUAAUGUAAUGUAUCAUUCUUCAUGUAGCGUAUAAGGCUUUUAUGUGUGAUCCCUUGUGCCUGCUGAAAUAAAAAAG